AAAGAAAAGAACAGUUAGUGAGUGAGUGAGAAUCUAAUCUAGUAAAUCUAAACACAGAAAAACAAACACACACCACAAGACACAAGUGACACAACAACCUCAACUCAAACUCAACCAGUGUUAUACCUCACACUCACUUUCACUAAUGAAGAUCCCAGAAAAGCUUCUAAAACUAAGAUACCAUAUCAUAGCAGCACUACUUUUAUGCAUAACACUCUUUUCUCUCAUAGCUAUGGCUCCUAAAUUGGUGACCCUUUUCACCUAUUUUUGGCCACUCUUUCUCUCCACAGCACUUGUUCUUGCCCUUGUCUUUGUCUUUGCAAAAACUUCUCCUUUACCUCAAACUGAUGCUUCAAUUCAUAAGGGUCUUCUUGAUUACGUUGCUGGUGACCAUGAAUCGCAGCUGGAUCUUCACAACAACUACAAGGCCGAUUAGUGUCCCAAGAUAUACAUCAGAAGGAUUAUAGCUAUCAGCCGUCCGAUCCAGAUCGAUGGUUGAGAGUGAAACAACUGAUUGUGUAAUGUGUAUCUUUAUGUACUCUAAUUCAACUCUAUAAUUACUAUAAGUAAAAGUUUGCAUUUUAGAUUUAUUUAUUAAAUGAUGUAUGUGAUCUAUUACAUUAUUAAUUGAAUGAAUCUAAAAUGUAAAUUUUUGCCUAUAAUAAUGAUCAGAGGCUAUAUUUCUUUAGUUAGUUUAAUCUUUUUUUUCUUCAAUAUAAUUAUCAUUAUCUUAGUAGUUUUUAUUUAUCUUGUUACUUUUUUAAGAUUGACUUGUGAAUUUGUAUUAACUAGUGUUGAGGGAUUGAAAUUAUUAAUUACAUCUUUCUUUAUUUUUUUUC